UUAAAUUUGUCGAUAUUUCUUCCUGUCGUUGAUGUCCGACUCAAAUCUCAUUCAGUACUUUGAAUUUCUACACGUAUGAUUUUUGUUGAUCAAGCUUGAAAUGCCGCCCUUGAAUUUUGCCGCCCUAGACGACCGCCUAUCGUUCCUCCCCCCUAGCGACGGCUUUGCGGCGGGGUCUCUCCUAAGCACUAGAGCAUGGAUCGCUUUACUAUCCUCUAGAAUGAAUGACACGUGCUGCAAAUGAGAUUAUUCUUCAGACAAAUUACCAACACAAAUUCAAAUUCCUCAUGACCAAACUUAUCUCGAAAAACCAGACCAAUAGACUGAAAAUUAGGUCAUAUGAGUUCUAAUAGGUAAUUGAGAAAUCCCUUAUCCCUAUGACUUAUCAAUGCAAUGGAAUAAUACCAAUGAAAUAUGCCUUGUGUUUUGUUUUGAAUAUAGAAAACAAUUGGGCACAGUGACCUAUUGAUUUACUAGCUUUUGGUAUAAAGACUUGAUUUUUCUUGACUAAAUCAGUUUCAGAUUUUUAGUUGCAGUGCAAGGUUGAUACGGCUGAAAAUAUGUUUUCAUCAACUCUUCAUAUUUUGCCAUUCUUGGUGUUGGCAGUACUUGGACAUGAAGACACAAGAGAAAAUCCAAUUGACGUCCUCCAUGUCAAGAAUCUGCUCAUCAAAGACUACACCGGACCUCUUAGAUUCGACACUUUAGAACUUUUCCGAAAUAUCGAAUCUCUCGAGCUGAAAAAUUGCAACUUUACCCCAUUCCAUGAGAGUUUUCUUCAUCCCCUCUCAAACCUUAAGCGCCUAGUUAUCACCAACAACGUUAUGGAAAGGGUUGACCACGACACCAGCGGCUGCUGUUCUCAUCUCGAAGAACUGGAGCUCACUAACAGUGGAACAGGAGACCUAGAAGAGGUUGAAAUGAAAAAAAUCGGUGCAAUGAAGUCUCUGAAACGUCUCGUCUUCCAUAACGAGAAGAUACCAGUCCUCCACGAAGGCACCCUCACCGACACCAACCUUGUUGACGUCACCAUCAAGCACUGUAAUCUAGCCUCAAUCGAAAAGGGAGCUUUCAAGAAGCUAUACAAGCUGGAGAACUUGAACCUGAAGAACAAUAAACUACAAAAGCUUCCGAAGGAAGUUUUGAUCUCACUGAAGAACCUAAAAGUUAUCAACUUGAAAGGAAACUUCUUGAAUAAGUUGACCACAGAUCAGUUCCCAUCACUGCCAAACUUGGAAGUUCUCAUUGUCGCUGAUAACCCUAUCGAAGUAUUCAAUUUGGAGGGUAUUAAGACUGUUGCACCUAAGCUUAAGUAUGUAGAUGUUUCUGGUAUUGUGGCUGAUACUUCAAAGUCUGGCGGAGUUGAAUUAGUUAAGGACUCUCUUUUGUAAUAAUUAACUUAAUUUUUCAAUAAAAUUUUUAUUUAUCAUA